AUGGCCUCCACGAACUCUCCGAAUACACUCUCCGCAGACAACCUCGCGGGCCUGCCCCCCAUCCUGACAGAUGCCACUGUCAAGCCGUCGCCCAGCGCCAAAGACCGGUUAUCCACAUACUCGAAUGUCUCUUUCGCGUCCCAACAUCGCUCGCGGCCGGGCUCCCACGUGUUCCCGAUCUUCCAUUCCAGUUUGCCGUAUGCUCUUGUCCGAGACUUUGCCUACCCGUCCAUCCAUCCACUGCACUAUGGCCCGCCUCCCUUGGCCUCCGGGGGUUCCACACCAGCUAGCGAGUACCGUCGUUUGUCAGAUCUGCCGGGCUCGUGGGAUACCGCGCGGGGCCCCUGGGCUUCUGGCCCAUGGAGCAACGAGACCAGCCAAAACCCUGGCCCGGGCCCGGUUCAGGGCCAUCAACAAUUGCCAGCCAUGUCAUUCGGAGACGGUCCCCCGUACAGUGAAGAUGAAGAUUUGCAUAGUCCAGUGGUGACAACGGCGCGCCAGCGGAAAAGGUCCACUGGUACCGAUUUUAAUGGUAUGGAUGAACACAUGGCCGAGGCUGCAGAUCGCGGCAUGUUCAUUAGCACAAACCCUGAUGGUAGUGAGACAUAUUACGUCAAUGGUGAUGAUGCAAUGGAGGAUGGACCAGGUGGAGAAUAUGUCACAUACCCGAUCAACGAAGGGCGGUAUUCUCAUUACGAUACCCAGCAUGGCCAUGCACCCGACGCCGGAUUCGAGUCGAACGAUAACGGAGACCGGUACGCGAAUGAUUAUCAAUUCGCCGUUGGCUGUCCGGACGAAGAAAUGCACGGAAAGGCCGUUGCUCUCUUUGAUUUCGCCCGCGAACACGAGAAUGAGCUGCCCCUCACUGAGGGCCAGGUGAUCUACGUUUCCUACCGACAUGGCCAUGGCUGGUUAGUUGCCGAGGACCCAAAGACUGGAGAGAACGGUCUUGUCCCCGAGGAAUUUGUGAGGCUUCUUCGCGAUAUUGAAGGGGGCUUGACCUCGUUGAACGGGGAGCCUACCUUAGACUCGAUAGAAAGCCCCUCGGUCGACAUGAGCGAGGAUGAUCGCACUUCGACACCUACGCAAAGUGAUCCAAAAGACGCAAAUGGCGACACCACGAUGAGUCACUCCGAAGGCAUGAACGAGUCCAGUCAGGCCACUGGUGGUCCUGGUGCCCGCGCCAGUAUGAUUUCAAAGACCUGA